CUACAGCACAACACAACUUAUCACAGCCACGGUUUGUCCCUGAAGGUUCAUACCGGUUUCCCUGUCCGAACCGGGCCGGACAGCCAGAAAGAGGUCACAGAAGACCUCAGGAGGAAUUCAGGAGACGAGCGGGACUCAGAAGGAAAGCUAUGGGUUCCAUGUUUCGUAGUGAAGAGGUGUGCCUGGUGCAACUCUUCCUCCAGUCCGGAUCGGCCUACAACUGCGUCAGUGAGCUGGGAGAGCUUGGUCUGGUGGAGUUCAGAGAUUUAAAUCCCAACGUGAAUGCUUUCCAGAGGAAGUUUGUGGGUGAGGUCAGACGAUGUGAGGAACUUGAGAAGACGUUUACCUUCCUGGAGCAGGAGAUCAGUCGCUCCUUGUCUCCGCCCCUUCAGGGUCCUCUUCCUCUUCCCUGCCCGAUGCCCUCUGCCCCGCAACCACGUGAGCUCAUCACCAUAGAGGAGGAGAGUGAGAGGUUGGCCAGGGAGCUCAAGGAGGUUUCUAGGAAUAGAGACAGCCUUCGGGCCCAGCUGACCCAACUCUGUCAAUACAAAGGAGUUCUGAACAAAACUCACUCAAUCACAGCCUCACAUGCUCCGCCCCCUGCACUCGAAAACCACGGGCUGUUUGACAACCGCCAAGAUGUCCGUCUCAGUUUUGUGGCGGGAGUGGUGCACCCAUGGAAGGUGCCCUCGUUUGAGCGCCUGCUUUGGCGAGCGUGUCGUGGCUACAUCAUCGUGGAUUUUAGAGAGAUGGACCAACGGCUGGAACACCCAGACACCGGAGAAAUGGUGCAAUGGACUGUGUUCCUCAUUUCUUUCUGGGGCGACCAGAUUGGGCAAAAAGUGAAGAAGAUAUGUGAUUGUUUCCACACACAGACAUUUGCAUAUCCCGAGAGCCCAGCUGAAAGAGAGGAAAUUCUUCAGGGCCUUAAUACCAGAAUUGAAGACAUUAAAUCAGUGCUGUCUCAGACUGAAUCCUUCCUGCAGCAGCUGUUGUUGCGAGCGGUUGCCAUUCUCCCCCAGUGGAAGGUGCGAGUCCAGAAGUGCAAAGCAAUUCAGAUGGUGUUGAAUCUCUGCAGCCCGUCUGUCACGGACAAAUGCCUGAUUGCAGAGGCCUGGUGUCCCACUGCCAAGCUGCCCGAGCUGCAGAGCGCCCUCAGAGAGGGAGGGAGGAAAAGCGGCAGCGGGGUUGACUCCUUCUACAACCGCCUGCCCACUUCCACUCCACCUCCAACUCUGUUUCCCCUCAACUCUUUCACAGCUGGCUUCCAGAACAUUGUUGAUGCCUACGGAGUCGCCGGAUACCGCGAGGUCAACCCAGCGGUGUACACCAUAAUUACAUUCCCCUUCCUGUUCGCCGUCAUGUUUGGGGAUGUGGGUCAUGGGAUUCUCAUGUCUCUGGCUGCUCUCUGGAUGGUCCUUGAGGAGAAGGACCCCAAACUCAAGAACAGUAAUAAUGAGAUCUGGAAGAUGAUGUUUGGAGGACGGUAUCUGAUUCUCCUGAUGGGAUUGUUCUCCAUCUACACCGGUGCCAUUUACAAUGAGUGCUUUAGCAGAAGUCUGAGUACCUUCGCUUCAGGAUGGCAUGUUGGCCCCAUGUUUGACAAGAACAUCUGGAAUACAUCCGUUUUAGAGGGGAACAAGUUCUUGUCCAUGGAUCCUGCUGUGUCUGGCGUUUUCACCAGCCCGUACCCAUUUGGAAUUGACCCAGUUUGGGGCAUGGCUAACAACAAACUAACCUUCUUAAACUCCUACAAGAUGAAGAUGUCCAUCAUCAUCGGCGUCAUACACAUGACUUUUGGAGUCUGCUUAUCGUUCUUCAACUACUGGCACUUUAAGAAGAUCAGCAGCGUGUUCUUCAUUCUGAUCCCAGAGCUUUUCUUCAUGCUGUGUCUGUUCGGAUACCUGGUGUUCAUGGUGGUCUUUAAGUGGAUUGCCUACACCCCUGAUCAGUCCAAAAUUGCUCCUAGUAUUUUAAUCCACUUUAUAAAUAUGUUCCUCUUCAUCGACAACCCAGACAACCCGCAGCUUUACAAGGGACAGCUGGUGGUGCAGAAGGUCCUGGUGGUGCUGGCUCUCUGCUCCGUCCCGGUCCUGCUGCUGGGGAAGCCCAUCUGGCAAUACGUCACAUUCAAGAGAAGACGACAACACCUGCAGCACCAGGACGAAGACAGACGCCCGCUGGUGACGGAGGACGGCUCUGUCAACACUCGCCAGGGGGAGGUGGAGGGUGGAGCUCCAGCAGAGGAGGAAGAGUUUGAUGUCGCAGAUGUGUUCAUGCAUCAAGCCAUCCACACUAUAGAAUACUGCCUGGGCUGCAUCUCCAACACGGCGUCGUACCUGCGACUCUGGGCCCUCAGUUUGGCUCAUGCACAGCUGUCAGAGGUGCUGUGGACGAUGGUCAUGCAUAUGGCUCUGAGAUGGCCGGGCUAUGUGGGGUCUGCCGUUCUAGUCCUCAUUUUUGUCUUUUUUGCUGUGCUAACGGUUUCCAUCCUCCUGGUUAUGGAAGGCCUCUCAGCUUUCCUGCAUGCUCUCCGUCUUCACUGGGUGGAGUUUCAGAAUAAGUUCUACAGUGGAGACGGCUACAAACUCAUGCCUUUCUCCUUCACGUCUUUAAUCCACGCCUCUGCAGCGAUAUGAUUGUAAUCCAGUUAAAUUAUGUAACUCUGGAUGUCUUAGUGAUAUCUAGCUGCCUUUCAGCCAUCAAAUGGUUUAAUGAACUUGCACAAUAAUCCUAAAGAAUGAUAAUGACUGUUAUUUUUGCAUUACUAGCUUAAGUCACUGUGCUAUGAAUUCUAAUAAUAUUGAAUGGAAAAAAUAUCUAAUUUUGUAUCCCGAUGGUAAUUUUUUUUACUCAAUCCUGUAAUUAUGGAGCUUAUGACAAGGGAUUGGUUCUUUUAAAUGGAUGCGCUCAUUUUACUGGUCUGCAUGACAAAAGUUAUUAAAUACUCAUAAAUUAAUUAUUAUUGAGCCUCAUAGAUUCAACAUCAUUUAUAUUUUCAUCAAGUAGGAAAGUAAUGCAUUGCAUAGAACAAGAGUUUAUUGGCAAAAUUGUGUUUACAGUUUUGAGUCCAAAGCUUUAAGAGAAGCAUGGUGGUGCUUUUACCUGAUGUUGUAUCAAAGGUUUCGGCAGAACCCACUCCCUUUGAAAUGGUGUAUACUGUAUACCCACAGCAAAUACUGUCUUUCUUUCAGUCAAAUAAAAAAGCAAAUUUGUUUUAAAGAC